AUGGAUUGUGCUGCACGUGCUUUAAUGUUUUGGACGUAUCAGACAACGCAAGAAAUCUUCUACCAAGAGUAUCUGGGGAAGGGUCUGACGGAGAAAUACGCGAGUUUGAGCACGGAAAUGGAUAAAAUCAUCCACAACGCAAAUAUGGAAAUAUCGAACCUUCAAAACCGCCUCUGGUAUGUGAUGCGAGAUGGAAUAAAGAUCACUCACUCACUUACAGUGUCUGAUAUGGAUCUAGAGAUGGAACUCAACCAGCAGCAACUGCAUAAGAAGAACCAAGAACUCGUGGAAAUGUAUCGCGAGAAAUGCAAAAAGCAUGCUCAAAUGACGAAUCUCUACAACCUACUCAAGAGCCGGGCCAUGAGAUCGCAGAUGCAGACAGCUGCCUCUGACACGGUCUCGAAUACAUUAAAUUCACUUCCUGGGGCUCGAAACGAACCACUCACGACGGCUUCCCAUAGUAGACUGGUGUCACAGAUUCCUCAGACAGCUCCAUCCCGGCCACCUCAUAAUCAGUAUCCCGUAGAUCAAGAGGGAGUCGAGCAACUACACCGAUAUCAGCGCAGUGGUAGCGGGAGCUCUAGGGGCGCUAACAGAAGGGAUGAAUCCUCUAUGAUGCCUCCUCCACAGAUACGCCCUGGGGGCCCCCGAAAUUCACAGAACUCGCCUCCCAUCGUCGUCGACACAUACAUUCACUGGGCGGGCGCCAGGCCAACCUACUCAGGCCACUCCGAGUCUGAGGUCCACGCUAUAUAA